UCCAGAUGUCCAGGCGCGCACAGCUGGAGGGUCACGUGGCGGCGGCCGCGGCCCCCCCUUCCUGCCAACGCUGCAUUUGGCCCAGGCCCCGUCCCUGGCUGCCCUUGGGACCCCGCGCCGAGCCCCGGAGGCCCUGGCGUCCGGGGCCGCGCCGCUCCCAAGGGACAAGCGUGCAGGACCCCAAGGAGCGACGUGGGGGCGCGGGCGCCAGCCGCUCGGACAUGAGGCGGAGGCUGCGCCUCCGCGGGGACGCGUCUCUCACGCUGCUCCUGGGCACCGCCCUCGGCCUCCUUCUCUACGCGCAGCGCGAGGGCGCGGCCCCGACGACCGGCGCCCCCCGGCCGCAAGGGGAGGCCGAGCCGGGGCCCACCCCAGGCCUCCGCGUCUUCCCGGCCCCGGACGCAGGCGCCGCCGCGGCCCCGCCGGCCUACGAAGGGGACACGCCGGAGCCGCCCACACCCACGGGGCCCUUUGACUUUGGCCGCUACCUGCGCGCCAAGGACCAGCGGCGCUUCCCCCUGCUCAUCAACCAGCCGCACAAGUGCCGAGGGGAUGGCUCGCCCGCGGGGGGACCCGACCUGCUCAUCGCCGUCAAGUCGGUGGCGGCGGAUUUCGAGCGGCGCCAAGCCGUGCGCCAGACGUGGGGUGCUGAGGGUCGCGUGCAGGGGGCGCUCGUGCGCCGCGUGUUCCUGCUGGGCGUGCCCCGGGGCGCGGGCACCGACGGGGCCGACGCCGAGGGGGAAGGCCCACGGAGCCACUGGCCUGCCCUGCUGCGUGCCGAGAGCCGCGCCUACGCGGACAUCCUCCUCUGGGCGUUCGACGACACGUUCUUCAACCUAACGCUCAAGGAGAUCCACUUCCUGGCCUGGGCCUCGGCCUACUGCCCCCAGGUGCGCUUCGUUUUUAAGGGCGACGCAGACGUGUUUGUGCACGUGGGAAACCUGCUGGCGUUCCUGGCGCCGCGGGACCCGGCGCAGGACCUGCUCGCGGGUGAUGUGAUCGUGCAGGCGCGUCCAAUCCGCACGCGGGCCAGCAAGUACUACAUCCCGGAGGCUGUGUACGGCCUGCCCGCCUACCCAGCCUACGCGGGUGGUGGCGGCUUUGUGCUCUCGGGGGUCACGCUGCGUCGCCUGGCCGACGCCUGCGCGCAGGUUGAGCUUUUCCCCAUUGACGACGUGUUUCUGGGUAUGUGCCUCCAGCGCCUUCGGCUCACACCCGAGCCUCACCCUGCUUUCCGCACCUUUGGCAUCCCUCGUCCUUCAGCCGCGCCGCACUUGCGCACCUUUGACCCCUGCUUUUACCGAGAGCUGGUGGUAGUGCACGGGCUCUCGGCCUCGGACAUGUGGCUUAUGUGGCGCCUACUGAACGGGCCCCAAGGGCCAGCCUGCGCCCGUCCAUGGCCUGUCGCUGCUGGCUCUUUCCAGUGGGGCCCCUAGCCACCUUCAUGGCCCCAAGAGCCUCUCACUAAGACCCAGUAGGAUUACUGCCGUGUAUGUAGUUCUUUCCCAGAGGUACACUUCAAAAUCUAGCCUCCUACCCCUGAAAGUCUGCCUCAAGUCCCUAGGGAAUGAAGAUUGAGCUUGGCUCCUGCACACCUACCCUACUGGGAAGUGAUCUAGAAGCAACUGAAUGGUAGCUCUUCGAGACAGCCAGGACUGAGGCCAAAGAGCACCAAGCCCCACCAAACAGGUGGACAUGUUUGGUCCUCCUAGCACCAAGUAGGUUUUAGGGGGUUGGGGAUAGGUGGUGGCAGAGGCUCACGGAAUCGUACCAUACUCCUUGAUUUGGAAGUCCCUGAGUGAUACACAUGCAGAUCUUUCUCAAGGCUGGAAGAGGUGCGGGGGCCUGGCCUCAGUCCUCAUGGAACUGAAAGGCAUUUUGCUAUAACUCAAUCUGAAGGUAGGCAUUUUGAUUCCCAUCUGUCCCUCCAAAUUGGAUUUUCAGCCAUGUACUCACCUUUAGAUCGUCUUCAGAGGUCUUCUUUCCUGAAGCCAACCCCUCCUAGGCCCUGGUCUGCCUGGACCACCACGGAUGGAGACACACUGAGUUGCCUGGUCCUACCUAGAGUCUUUCUCCACCACACAAGAAUUUGCACACACACACCAGUCUCCUACUUGAAGCUGUGCUGCCCCACUCCAGAGAGGCAAGGAACCUAAGAUGACUCUACCAUAAAACUUCCCAUAUUGUUCACCCACUUUCUUGAAAAUCAACACUCCCAUGCUUAUUUUAGUACAAACAUCCAGCAACAGCGCAUGGUGAGCCGCUGCUGAGGGCAUAGGUCUUUAUUGGAGGGGUAUGGGCAGGGCAUGAGGAGGGUUCCCCUAUUCUAGGAAGAUGGGAAUAGUCCUGGCUGCCCCUACAGUGGGAUGUGUGUGUGUGUGUUUGGGGGGGGGGGGGGGUUCUGGCCAGGCCACAGUCCAAAUGGGAAGACACUAGUCAGUCACAAAAUUAUGGGAGUGCCACAUAAGGCUGGCUGUACGCCCAGGAACCACUUAGGAGCCUGGGGCAGGUCCCCUGCACAUUCAUUGUUAAACUCUACAGGAUGAGGCUGUACAUGAGUUAAUUACAAAAGAGUCAUAUUUACAAAAAUCUGUACACACAUUUGAAAAACUCACAAAAUUGUCAUCUAUGUAUCACAAGUUGCUAGACCAAAAUAUUAAAAAUGGGAUAAAAUUAUA